AAUGACUAGUGGUGUGUCUUUUGAGUAACCAACCUGUAGCUUUUGUUCUGAUCUAGAGAGCGAGCGAGAUGGUGGCGAUAUCGCUGUACAGAGGGAAUUUGCACAGCGUAGCAGACGUCCCUCGUCGAUGGCUAAUGCCUCCCCCCAAGAUUUCUCCCAGAGACUUCAAAACCCUUUUCAACCGUCGUUCCAAAGCUCUCUGUCGCCUCCGCUCCACCACCACGACCACCACCUCAAACCCUAAUUCAAAUCACAACGAGAAAGCCCCAAUUGAACCUAAAUUGGAAGCAGUAGAAGAAGAGAUUGUUGCAAAUAAUAAUGGUAAAGAAGCAGAACAGGCAGAAGAUUGUAAAGGUGGAGGAGAUGGAGGAGCUUCUAGUUCUAGAGAGGAUGAAAAAGAUGGUGGGUUGGACGGCGCUGAUUUCUCCAUGAAGCCUGCUGGUGAUGCAGUUAAUGGUGAUCCGAAUCCAAAUAACUCGCAAAAACCUGACGACGUAGCUAAUAACCCUAGUGUGGAGACAAAGAGCAAUGCAAAUGAGUUAGAUGACGAAAAAGAGAAAAGGAAGAGAGAAAUCGAGGACAAGUUACAAGUUUUAAAUGCAAAGAAGCAUAACCUUGUAAAAGCGUUGAAGCAGAUCUUGAAUGUGGAGGAAGAAUUAAAGAGAAGAAAUAGUACUCAAGGGAUGCCGGUUCGCCCUUCCGUUCAACUUCAAGUGGAUGUCUCAAAUGACUCUGGAUCGAUGACUAGGCAUCCUACUCCUAGGAUGGGCUCUGAGGCAAAUCCUGGUGGUGAUAUAGAAGGGGGAGAAGCUGAAGAUAUUUCAAAUCAUAACACUCAUUCACGUCAUGUACAUAGAAUGAGCAGCACAUCUCCUUCUCCCUCAUCCGAGUCUCCUCUUAGAAGGCCUCCCUAUAUUCAGCCCAAUGUGGUAACGUUCCACACCCCACUAGAUCUGGUUUGGGAACCUCUGUUAGUCCAUCACGAUUUGCUCCAAUGGGGCACCAUGGACAUCCUGCAAACUUACCUACAUUGUCUGUAUCAGGCACAUAUUAUGCCGCAUCCUCUCCUUCCCCGGCAGCAUCUGGUGGUACCUCAGCUUUUAAAGAUGCUAGGCAUCCAAGUCCAUGGAAUUAGAAGCUUCACCAGAACAUGAUUGUACACAAGCUCUAUUUGACUUUGGACAUAUUCAGCUUUAGUGAGGUGGGCAUCCUUCGUGGUCCCAUUUCUAUCUUGUGGCAAGGCGCGAGCUUGAAAUCUGAAGCUUCCUAGAAUGGCCCAUUCAUGUAAUGAAACCCAAUUUUGCUUGCCAAUCUAUGUAGUCAAAGGUGACAAGAAUCCGA